CUUAUUUCAAUAAGAAAUAGGCAAUGUCGUUCUUUGUAUCAAUCAAAUCUAACAAAAUGAAUACAUAUUGUAUUAUCUUUAUCUUGGCUGUUGCUUUUCUAAGCGGAAUAGAGGGCAUGUCAGAAGCUGAACGAGCCAUGGCGGACUCACUACACAAAAAAUGCUAUCCUAUCUCCGGAGCUACUGAAGCAAUGAUUAACCAAGCAAGGGAAGGAAAUUUCUCAGAAGAUCCUGCAUUUAAGGAACACUUAUACUGCAUGUGCAAAGGUUAUGGAAUCUUUAAGGAAAGUGGUGAAGUAAAUAUAGAUGUAGUGCAAGCUAUAUUGCAGCAGAAAUUCCAAGACCCGGCUCUAAGGGAUGAAGUUAAAGCAAAAUGUUUAGUAAUGAAAGAAACUCCUCAGGAAACAUCUUUACAAAGUAUAAAAUGUUUGUAUGAUUUUAAAGAAAACAUUCUGUGAAUGUAAAUUAUUCGAAUAUCCAAUAUGUUUGUGUAUAAAGUUAAAAUAAACAAAAAUAAGUAAA